UUCUUCUUCCUUUCGUUUUCGGCGUGCCGGGUCAGGGCAGCGAAGCCACCGCCCGCCGGAUUCCUCCGCCUUUUUCGGCCGGCCAAAGAGGGGGGAGCAGAGCGACAGGCCGGCCGGCCGGCUGCCUCCGUCCACCUCCCGACCAUGGAAGAUGGUUUGAAACAGGAAAAUUUGGAGAAGUCAAAGAGUCCCUCUUCAGCAGAUAAAGUUGGCUGGGUCAAGAAGAGCAGUGGAGGGCUUCUGAGUCUUUGGAAAGAACGUUACAUCCGGCUCAAUAAAACCCAACUCUUGGUGUACGAAGAUGAGGCAGAACAGAAAUGUGUUGAGAGUCUUGAACUGGAGCAUUACGAUAGAUGCCAAGAUUUGCGAGCCCUCUUGAAAAGGAAAAACAGAUUCAUUUUAAUCCAUUCUCCAGGUUGCAAGGUGCAAGAUAUCAAAUUCCAGGCAUCGACCACAGAAGAAAAGGAAUUGUGGAUGAAAGCAUUCAAUGAUGGCAUCAGCCAAGGAAAGAAUAAGAUAUUUGAUGAGGUAAAAGUGGACGAGAGUCUUUCUUUGGAUCACAUAACUCGAGGCAGAGCCAAGAUAGCGAAGGGCCGUCGUCCACCAACCAGAAGCCAUUUGAAAGAAGUGGCUAGUUCAACGUCAGAUGGGAUCCUGAGACUUGAUUUAGAGGUACCAGACAGUGGACCCGCAAACAGCAUCCCAGUGACCCAUGAAACUGCUGAUGCCCCCCCUCCGAAGGAGGUUCAUAAACCUCCCAUGCCCCCCGCAAAAGUGCUCAUGCCUCCCACGGACUAUCUAAGUGCCAAUCUUAACCCAGAGGAUCCGCAGGUUAGGAAGCCACCGAUGCCUCCAGCUAAACCUCUUAAGGAAGUAGCAACACCCAGCGAAACGGUGAACUGUGUAGAAGUAAGCGAUGCGGAAGAGGAGAAGUGUGAGGACUCUGAAGGGAUUCCAGCCGAAGAGGAUUUGGUGGAACCCAAACCUCCAGUACCUCCUCCAAAGAUUUUAUCUGACAAAAUGAAGGUGGGAUGGGAGCGUCCAGCUUCUGAACUUCAUGAGGUUGAAGCUGAGAACGCCCCUGGAUUAAACGAGGAAGCAGUCAAACCACCGACUCCUCCUCCUAAGGUUUUUAGAGCCAGGUUGAGCUCUAAAGAGAACGACGCACAGGUAGACAUUGCUGAAGGGGAUCAGCAGCCUGACGGAGACUCAAACCUUGAUGUCAACGGCCUUGAUGACAACGGGACAACGGAACCGGCUGUCCCAAAUGGGAAGGAGCAGGACGAGUCUUCCUCAGAGCAAGGAGCCAAGAAAGAGGCGUUGAGCCUGCCUUCUGAAGAUCAGGUUGACAUAGUGGAGCCCGUGGGAGGUUCUCCGGCAACCAAGCCUCGCAGCUCCUCUCUGGGGGCCUUGCUUUCAGAAUCGCCAAAAAAGCCUCCACGGCCAGAUUUCCAGAAGACGUCUAUACUCCACGUGGUGCGGAUGGAGAAGAAAAUUGCUCACGAAAAGGAACGAACUGAAAAGCUCCUGCAGAAGGUUCAGGGUGAAGAGCUGGAGCAAGCCCAGAAGGAUCAAGGGCCUUCAGCAGAUGCAAAGGAGCUGCUCAACGAAGCAACUGAGCAACUCCGGCAAGCCACCCAGGUCUUGCAAGAGGUCAAAGAUUUAGGGGAGCUGAGAAGGGAACCUGCCGGUUUGCGUAAAGGAGUCUCAAAGGACCUAGUGACUGUUUAUAGGAGAAGUGCUCCUUAAGAAGGAAUAGAAUUCUGAAUUGUGACUCAGGCAAAAGGUAGCCAGGCGGCACCAUUUCCACCAGGCUACCAGAUCGGUGUUUUAAAGAUGAAUGGAGAGAGGGCGGCAGCUGAGUCUUAUUAAGUGUUGCUUAUUUUCACACUGCCCCUUUUUGUAAUCUCAGAAUGUGGACUGGAUCCUGCUGGGCAGGAUGUGCUAGAGAGGGGUCUGGGUGGGGACCUCAGGGAAAGAUCUGUUUUUGGAAGACAAGUGGUAACUGGAAGCCAUAGGGACUUCCUACCAGGGACACCUAAAACAAUUCAAAUGCAAAAGAGUUUUGAGUGUGCCACAACCAUUUUCCGAGGCCUUUCCAACUGGAUGGAAGCCUCUUGCAAGCUCAGGAUGAGAGCUUUGUGUUCUGCUUUGUUUUCUCUCUCUCCCUCUCUCUUAGGAUGAAUUUGCAAAGACUGCAAAGAUCAGCUGCAGGAUGAGACCUUAGUGGGCUGGGUCUGGAAUGAGGCUGUAGCACUUUCUAAUCCUUUUUGGUUUAACUCAGGGUUAAUGUA